CACAUGGUUACAUGCGGCUCCUAGAUAGGUGGCUUUCACCCUGCAUGUAACUACUGACAUUUUCAGUGAUUACGUGGUUGAUCAAUUACACACAUUUUAACAUCCCUAGUUUGGGAUGCACUUGAAUCUUGCCUCGGAAGUGAACGGAUCUCAGUUUCGGAUGGUACUUGAAUCUUGCCUCAGAAAUGCUUUGUAAAGUUUAGUGUAUAUCCAUCCCACCGUCAUUUUUUUUAAUUAAUCAUUUUAAAAAAUCGAGUGUGAUUUUUUUUUUUUUCAGGUAGUCUUACCUUUGACUAUCAUGGCCAAUUUUUGUGUGUUUAUAGUAACAUUUUCCCAUAUUAAAAAAUGUUUUAGAUUCUCUUAGUAUUGAGAGAGAGCAACAUAGGUGAAAUUGACAGACUAACAAUCCAAAAGGAAAGAGUAAAAUAGACUCUCCUUAAAAUGCUUUCAAAUGCACAAAGUAAAUAAACUUGAAAACUUUCUUCAGUAAUUUAGUUACUUGAAACGGUAGUUUUAAAAAAUCAACAGGUGUGUGUUUUUAAAAUUGGUUUUUGAACUGUCUAGCCUGUAUUCCAAUUUAAAUCACAUUCUUAUUUGAUGGGUGCAUCUACCAGCAAAAACAGCUUUUCAGAUUUUACUUAUAUACACUAAUUAUGUAGGAUAUAAUUAUAUCGAUUGAGAAUAAUUCAGAACACCAAUUCAUUUCUUGUCAAACUUUACAAAAGUAUUCUGUACUUUGCAUGCAGUUCUCUUCUAUUAUACAGUUGAGUUCUUUUUUCGUUUCUCAGCUGUGAAACUUGAGACACUGGAGAUCGUAUUAUUUUUGUGCUAGAUUUUUAUGACCUACUCAUUAAUGUGUGGAGUGCAUAUGUUGCAGCCAUAAUCCUGUCAACUGAGAUUGGAUCUGACUCUCUUUCUAGUCUUCUGCCACAACUAGAAAGUUCCUUCACUUGGGUUAAGGGUCUGCUGCCUUACAUCAUUCCCUGAGGAGCAAAAAAUGGAAUGGAAGCCAUGGCACAUAGUAGUGCCAUUAGGAUAGUUGAGUAUCAAAGCAUUUUAAUAAAAUUUUGCAGGCUUCUUUAACAAGCAUACCAGUGAUGUUAUGGAAAAUAAAAUGGCUGACAAACCUGUGGCGAGACCAACUUUCUUCGAAAUAUUUAAGGCACGAUGCAGUGAAUCAGACUUAGGGCCAAUAAGUCUCAACUGGUUUGAGGAACUCAGCACAGAAGCUCUACCCUAUGAAUCUGAAACAUCAGAGAGACCUGAAUACAGAGCUGUGUGUCUUGAGCAAAGUGCUUCUAAAACUCCAAGGGGAAAGCCCUUUACAUGUAGUCAGUUGGCAUCAACUCCAGUGAUUUUCAAAGAACAGAGUAUAACAUUGCCACUCUUGUCUUCUCCAAUAAAAGAAUUGGGUCAGAAGAAAACAGAAACAGGCAAAGACAGUUUGGUUAACAAAGACCAUAGAUCAAGUCCCCAUUUUAUGAAGACAAAAUUGGAUCAAAUUUCACCUCUCAAUACCUCCCUCAGCAUAAGUUCAGCUGCUUUAAGAGGUAUUUACAGAACACCACAAAGAAAUAAUAUUCCUGUGGCACGUGGAAGUUUAUUUUGCACACCUAAGCUUUUGGAGGUUAAGACACCAACAUGUAUUUCUGAAGGUCUGGGAGCAGAAGUAGAUCCAGAUAUGUCUUGGUCAAGUUCUUUAGCCACACCCCCUACGCUUAGUGCAACAGUGAUAAUAGCUAGAGGAAAUGAUUCAAUUUCUGGGGCAAAGCAACAUGAUGAGAGAAUUGCUAUGGUCUUGCACAGUUUUUUCAGCAGUCAUGGUAAAAGACCUGAGAAGAAUGAUGUAAAUGUACUAUCCAUACCAGAGAUAGUAAACAUAAAUGCAGGAUUAGAUGGCAAAGACCAUGAGUUGGAGAAGAUUUUAGAUGGAUCAUUUGGUGAGAUGAAUAGCUUGGAAAAUAGGUCAGGUAGGAACCAAAUCACACAAAAUUCUCUAGAAGAUGGAGAGAGAAAUGAAAUGAGAAUAGAUAUGCCAGAUGCUGGAGAACAUGUUCUUUCUGUAUGCCAUACUAGUGGAGAACAUCUACAAGACGUAACAAUGACCAACUGGACUAAGAAGACACAUUUUGAUAAAAUGGCAACUAUUUUACUUCAAGAGACUAAUGAAAUAAGGGGAAACUUUAAAGAUGCUAGCUCAGUGUGUGAAAGGGAAUUGGAUUCUCCUAGGUGUGAAAUAUUUACAACUAACAUGUCAAAUAACAGAAUACCAAAACUGCUGGAGAACAGAAAAUUUACAAAGGAAGAUAUGCCAUCUACUUUCACUUCUGAAUGGUCUCAGCUAAACUUAUCUGGUCUAGAUGUAACACAGCUAGAAAAAAAUUCCACAAGUGAUAAAUAUUCACCUUCCAGUUUCUGUAACAAGAAGAGAUCUGAGAAUAAAUUACAUGCUAAUUUAAGUACUUUUGAAACGUCUUUAUUGAACACUUCAAGUCUAAUAAAAGCAGAAAAGCUGCUGAAUAUCAAUUGGUCAGAACACAUGGAGGAUGAAACAAAAAAUUAUGAAAAGCACUCAACCUCUGAAACGAGUAUAAUGCAUUCUGUCGAUCUGAGUGUUCAGGACCCAUCUUUAGUGAAAGUGUGUGCAGCUGAAAAGGUUUCUGAAGUGCACUUUUUAGAUUGUAGUUCAUUCUUAAUGGAAAAUACCAACUUUACAGGAUAUACAGAAGUCUGUACCAGUUGCUUUCAUAAAGAGUUAAAGGAACUUUCUAAAUCUUCCAUAACUGAUGUUACCUCUCACCCAGUUUUAUGUAAUGAUUCAAUUCCAAGUAAUCCUGAUGGCACAAAAUGGUCAACAAACAAUGAAAGCACCCCCGUGAGAUCCUGCUUGAAAAACACCAGUUUGCUAUCCAGCCUGAAAAAGAGAUCAAAAAGAUUUAUUUAUACAAUAAACAAUGCUUCCCCACGUCAAGAGGAAAAAGUCAAGAAAGAAAUAAAAGCGGGUCCCUCUAUUCAUUCUGCAUCAUCUCGUUUAGAAUUUGAAUCAUGUCCCUUUAAAAGUCCUGAUAUGGUCAGUAAUGAUGAUCAAGAUCUUUUGGUUUCCUCUGCUGAGAGAAAGUCUUUGAAGUCAAAUUCUGAGGAAAGCUUUAUGCUAUUGAGCAAAUAUGCCACAAGAGCAGAUAGAAUAGAUAAUUCACCUAAUAGUUCUUUGAAAAACAAAAUGAUACAUCUGGAUAUAUUAAAAAGUAACAGAAGAGAACAUCAACCUGCUUCAUCAUUAGACUGCUCUGAAACAUCCAAUACCCUGAAAGAAUGUUUAGUAGUUUCCUCAAACAGUAACAAUGUUUUGAGUGUAGAGCAUAAAGUUAUAGCUACAGCUUGCCUCCGAGCAACAAAGCAUUCUGAAAUGGACUUUGUUAGGACAGAACAUGUGGUUCAGUGGCCAAAGAAAGAUGAGAUGGAAAUGUAUGGGAAUGUUAAUCCACAUAAUGACACUGUUAUACUUCAGACUUUUAAGAAUCAACUUGGAGAGCCAUCUAGUGAUAACGAACAGUUGGUUGAAAUAGAACAGGAGCAAGUAUCUAUGAAAAAUCGUUAUUUCAAUGAUACUUCAAUUAACUGUGACAUACAUAAGCACAAUAGUGUUUGUUGCAAUAGGACAAAAUCUGAAGAUGAAAAUGAUGCUACAGGCCUUUUGCCAACAGAUGAAUGGAAAACUGUAACUCUGCCACCUUUAAUAAUUCAGUCAAAUAAAAAUUCAAGCACUACUACAUUAAUCAGAGAGAGCAAAAAAGAUACAGUUCAGUUUUCAAAAGUUAUAGUUGCUGAUCAAGAAACUGAGUCAAUUGAAAAUGGUGACAAUAAUCUUCAAACACCUUCUAACAACAACAUGGUAACUAUAGAAAGUAGUGAAAAACUGUUUGAUCACAACAAUUGCGGUUCAUUACAAGCAGUGAUUUCUGAUAAAUCUACCUUGCCGCAGCUUGCAUUAAAAAUUGGACCCGAACAGAUAGUCUCAGAUUUUGUUACAAAAGCACCAGAGCCUAAUGUAGAAGAUAAAGAUUUCGUAAAGAAGGUGAUCACGUUUCCUUCUAAACGUGUUACAUCAGAUAAAUAUUUAUAUUCAAAAAACCAUUUAUGUUUAGACAUCAAGUCAAAAGAAAAUCCAGAAGACAAAGAGAAAUGGUCAGGAGACACAAAUUUUAAUGGCCAAUGCUUAAAUAAAUGCUUUGGUGGCUUCCAAACGGCUUCUAAUAAGCAGAUAAAAGUCUCUGAAAAGAGCAUUACAAAAGGCAAAAUGUUGUUCAAAGAUAUGGAAGACGAGUGUCUUAAAGACUUUUCCGGGGAAGGGAUCAAAAACAUUUCAAAUCAAAUUACAAAGAAAAAUAUUAACAUUGUGAAUAAUAAAUUGGACACUAACUAUUCCCAUGGUUUGGAUUCACAGGCAAGUCUUAUUGAAUCUAAAAAUGCACAGAGUAUUGUGCCUGAAAGCACUGAUUCAUCUCUUCAAAGCUUGCAUAGAAAUCAACCACAUCAACUAAACCAAACUUUGACAGCAAGCCAAGAAGCCGAAAUUACUGAACUUUCUAACAUACUGGAAGAAACAAAUAGUCAGUUUGAAUUUACACAGUUUAGAAAGCAAAGUAAUAUGGUGCAAAAUAAUAGUUCUCAACUGUCUGGAUGUGUAGAUAAAAAUGAAACAACUAAUUUAAAGGAUAUUUCUGCUAUGUGGCAAGAUACUGAUUUGGAUUACAUUUCUGAAACUGAAGCCCAAAGGGUAAAUGACAAAUCUUCUAGUAAGCACACUGACAUAAAUGAAGAGUCAACAGAGAUGGGUAAUGUAAAUGAAGAGAGAGAGAUUUUCCAGAAAAAUAACUGUGUAGAGUUUACCUCUACUAACUUAUGCAGAAAUGCAAAUAAAAUUCCUCUUGUCUCAAGUUUUUCGGUAUCUACACAGGACAAUUUUUCUAAUUUUGCGGGGUUUAGUUCAGCUGGAGGCAAAAAAAUAAAUAUUUCUAAUGAGGCUUUGAUCAGAGCUGCAAAAUUGUUCAGUAACCUGGAUGCUGCUGCUGCUGAUGAUGAUGAUAUGUUUAAGCCUACUGAGAUUAAUUCCAGAAGUCAUUAUUCUGACAGAUAUAAGACUUCUAGAAGGGAUGUUUCCAGAUGUGUGGCAGAAGGAGACAGCUAUUGUGGAGAAAGUGUAAAAGAUGCCAAUAUUGAAUACCAAAAUACACUGAAAAAUAAUGAAGAAAAUAUCAACACAUUUAUGAAAAUUUAUGGAGAAAAUCAGGGAGAAAAUACAACAAAUAUUAGUGAGAAUGACCGUGUUUCUAGUAGUACCAAAAUUAGUAAUUUAGGAGUUAUUAAAUAUUCUGUAUACAAGAUGGAAAAUGGUCUAUCAUCUAGUGAAAACAAUAAUCCGAGUCUAAACAUCUCAAAAAAAUUACAUGAGAGUGACACUCAGUCACAGUAUAGUUUACAAGAAGGUUUGUCGGACCUAACAUGUUUGGCUGAAGUGUCUAAAACUGAAGAAAUAUUAACUUUAAAUAUUUCAGAUGAUCCUAGUAAAAGUGAGCAAAAGAUAAAAAAUGUAGAUUUUCGAACUGCAUCUAGUAGUAAUAGAUCAGUCUCCCAAGCACCACUGGAUAAAUUCCAUUUGUUUGAAACGUGCACAGAAAAAGAGCUGAAUAAUAUUUCAUCAAACUCCAAUAGCCAAAUGACACAUAGUAUAAACAAGAAAGAAAGAAAUGCUACUUCUAGAAAAAGAAACAUUAACGUAAACCAAAACAAAUCCAGAAUAGGCUCUGGCCAUCAACAAAUCUCCAUCCAACAAGACACAGAUUUUGAAAGAAAAAACAUAGAAGAGAACAAUGGUUUUCAUACUGCUAAUGGCAAGAAAAUUAUAAUUACUGAUGAAUCUUUGUCUAAAGCAAAACAGUUUUUUGCAGAAGAAAAUGUUUGCCCAGAAAAUAUGGAUAAUAUUGGUAAUUUUGAGGACUCUGAGUUUCAUCCUUGUAACAAAGACUUUAUCAAAGAUUGUGAGGAGUUUGCCGAAAACACUCCCAAUUAUGAUCAAGAAAUGCUUACCCUUACAGGUAAACUUGUUUCUAAAGAACUUGAUGAUCCAUGUAAAAAGAUGAUAGAUGAUUAUCUAAUUAAGCAACCAGAGGAUGUUGAAACUGUGAAAGAACUUUCAGUAGCGGUACGUUUAUCUUCUAAUUUACACAGAGAACCUGAAGAACAUUCAGAAACCUCAUUUUCCAAAAAGCCUGUUGAUGUGGCAUUUGGAAAGUCAGAUAUAGACUUUUAUAUUGGAAAUGGUAAAAAACAUUCUGUAAGUGAGACACCUUUAUUUGAGGCAAGAAAGCUGAUUGCAGAGGGAAAUUUGGAAAAUAUACCAAGAAAAAAUUAUGGCUCAAAAAGUCCAUCCAUUGUUUCUGAUACUGACCAGACUACUGCAAGACUAUCUGAUGCUUCUUUUAAAUAUAGGUCUGUAGAACAUCCCAUGUGCAUAAAUAUGAAAAAUAUUUUAACUGUAGGGACUGACAAAGUUAAAAAUCAGGAUUCUCUUGACUUAACUCACAGGAACAUUUUAGAAAGAAGUUCUUUUCAUUUGAAGGGUAAUAGUAAAGGGACUGGCUUUCAACAUUUGAAUGAUUUAAGUCAUGAUGUGAACUGCUUCUCAGAAAAUAUGGAUAGUGUUUCCCAAGAUCAGCCACUAGUGAGUCUCAUUUCAGACAAAAACAACUUACUUAAUUCUGAAGAAACUUUUGAAAAUGAGAGUUAUGUGAAGGAAAACUGUGUUUUAAAAUUUCUGGAUGCCAAGAAUGUUUUGAAAAUCUUGGCCACUGAAGAGUCAGGCUCUAAUUCAAAAUUUAAGGAUGUACCAGUUGCAUUCAGUACAGCAAAAGGUAAAACAGUCACUGUUUCCUAUGAAGCACUGAAGCGAGUCCGACAGAUGUUUACAGAAAACUGUGAUAAAUCUAUGAAUCAGAACACCGAGACUAAAUCAGAAACUAAUACAAAUGAAAUUGGAGCAAAUGGUUCUGAGACCUUAGACAGUGCUAAGUGUCCUAUUUGUGUUAACUCUUCAGAGGUAGCCAAGAGUGAGACAUAUAAUUCAGCUAUGAGCCAUUUUCCCUAUGAAAAUGAGAACAGCUAUAAAUAUGGCCAAGCACUGCAGCAUGAUAUAAAUACAUCGGCAGAUAUUGGGUCUGAGCCAAGUCAUCAGAUGGCAUGCUUCCAGGUGAAUGACACAUUUUCUGGCAUAUGUAGAUCUCCUAAUAAACUAAAUCAUCGUCAUUCAGACUUUUCUACAGGUAAUUAUGGGGUUUUUAGCACAGCAAAUGGCAAACCUGUACAGUUAUCAGAAGAUGCAUUAAAGAAAGCUAGAUGUCUCUUUUCUGAAAUAAAUAAUUUGUCAGAUCAACAAUGUGUAUCAGAACUGAAAUGUGAUUAUGAUGUAUUUUCAGUUGGGGACCAAGGAGUAAAGUUUGUUGGACCAGGAAGUACUUCAGCACUUAGAAAAUCUGAAGUAGUAAUAUCUCAAAAAAGAGAUCCAAAACCUGAACUGAUUUCAAAAACGACUUUUGGAUUCAAUACAGCAAGUGGAAAGCGAGUGCUAGUUUCUGAAAAUGCUUUUCAGAAAGUGAAGCAGGUGUUCAAUAACAGCAAAUACCACUUUGCAGAUCGACUUAGUUCAAGACAAGAUCCUGUUAUAGCCUUAAAAUCUUCUAUUAAUUAUGCUGGUGCAAACAAAGCAACAGAUACAGUUUGUUUAAAACCCAAAAUCCAGGAUACACAUAAUGAAGAACUUGAUUUAACAAACAGUUAUCCUGUUGAAAUUAAGGCUUUACAAAACAUAUGCAAUAUUGAAAUUCCUGUGUGUGUACCUCGCAGUGAGAAGGAUGAACACCUAACUCUAAUAAACAGUUUUACAUUUGCAGAGGAUACUCAGCUUUUCAAAAAAGAGCAUCACAGCCUAACUAGGAUGGAAAUUGAAGCUGUUUCAUGCAAUACUCCAACUAAAACAAAGCUGGAUGUGUUUCAUCUUAAAUGUUCCCAAAGUUCAGAAGAAUACUUGGAAACAGAAGCAGUAGAAAGUGCCAAAGCUUUUAUGGAAGAUAAAUUCACUAAUUCUGGAAUAGAAAACGAUACCAAAAAAUCCCUCUUUAUUUGUAGAAAAAUUGAUAAGAACUGUCCAUUAAAUAUAAGAACUGGGAAAAGACACAUGGAAGAGAGAGCCUCACUUGGAGAGCCUCCAAUUAAAAGACAACUAUUACCUGAAUUUGACAGAACUGAAAAUCCUCAUAAAUCUCUGAAAGCUUCAAAAAGCACUCCAGAUGGCAUGAUCAAAGACAGAAGAAAGUUUAUGUACCAUAUUCCUUUAAAACCUGAAACUUGUGUUCCUUUUAGUGCUACUAAAGAACGACAAGAAAUCAAGAAUCCCAAUAUUACUGUACUGGACCAGGAUUUUAAAGGAUAUAAACCUAAAUCUGAUGUUUUUCAGCAUCAUCUGUUAAGACAGUCUUUAAGUGGUUCAUCAGGUUUUUUUACUCCAUUUAAAAAGAUUUCCACCGAAGAAAGUGAGAAAAGAAAAAAUCUACCUUUAUUGAGCAAAACUGCCAAAACUUUUGUGCCACCUUUCAAAGUUAAGUCAGCUAUUUCCACGCAUCAGCAUCAUGUCAGCAAAAGACUUGACUCAUUGAUUAACACAACUAUGAAUAGAGAUAAGGAACUAAAAGAUAUCACAAUGCAACAAAGUACUAGUGAGACUGAAGUUCAGUCACAGGAGAAAGAUUACACCAAACAAGUUGCACCAUGUAAUUUAAGAAAUAAUGUGGAUGGUGAUUCAGCAGAUUUGAUGGAAAUGAUUGCAAACCUUCACUAUGUCAGAAAUUUGCAAGAGAUGAGAAUUAGAAAGAAACAAAGGCAAAAUAUUCAUCCACAGCCAGGCAAUCUUUAUCUCAUGAAAACAUCUGCAGCAAAAAGGAUCUCUCUUAAAGCUGCUGUAGAAGAAAAAACUCCUAGUACUUACUCCAUGGAACAGCUGUACAUGUAUGGAGUUUCGAAGGACUGCAUAAAAGUUAACAGCAUAAAUGCAGAAUCUUUCCAGUUUCUCAUCCUGGAUUUUUUCAGUAAGGAGUAUUUAGUGGCUGAACGUGGAAUACAACUUGCUGAUGGAGGAUGGCUUAUACCUACCGAUAAGGGAAUGGCAGGGAAAGAAGAAUUUUACAGGGCCCUGUGUGAUACACCUGGUGUGGAUCCAAAGCUAAUUACUGAAGCCUGGGUCUACAACCACUACAGAUGGAUUGUAUGGAAACUAGCAGCUAUGGAAGUCUCAUUUCCACAGGAAUUUGCUAAUAGGUGUUUGACACCAGAAAGGGUGCUAUUUCAGUUAAAAUACAGAUAUGAUUUGGAAAUUGAUAAAAGUCAGCGAUCAGCUAUCAAAAAGAUAGUGGAGAGAGACGAUACACCUGCAAAAACGCUCAUACUGUGUGUUUCUAAAAUCAUACUGUUAAAUGCAAACAUGCCUGAUGUCUGUAGUAAUAAAACCAUUGUGGAAAACAAAAAAGAAGCCGCAAUAAUUGAAGUUACAGAUGGAUGGUACUGUAUUAGGGCUCUUUUGGACCCUCCUCUCCAAGCACUCUUGCAUGGAAGAAGGCUGACUGUUGGUCAGAAGAUAAUAGUACAUGGAGCAGAACUUGUGGGCUCUCAAGAUGCGUGCACACCACUAGAAAUUCCAGACUCUCUUAUGUUAAAGAUUUCAGCUAACAGCACUCGACGCGCUCGGUGGCAUGCCAAACUAGGAUUUCAUCAGGAUCCCAGACCUUUUCCUUUACCGUUGUCAUCACUUUUCGGUGAAGGCGGCACUGUUGGGUGUAUUGAUAUAGUUAUUCAAAGAACUUAUCCAAUUCAGUGGGUGGAAAAGAUGCCAACUGGAUCAUAUGUGUUCCGUAAUGGUCGAGCUGAAGAAAGGGAAGCUGCAAAGCAUGCAGAGAAUCGACAAAAACACCUGGAAGCUCUGUUUUCACAAAUCCAAAUGGAAUUUGAACAGCAUGAAGAUAAACCUCACAAAAGAGCACUGAGAUCACACACACUCACCAGAGAGCAGAUUCGUAUUUUGGAAGAUGGUGCAGAGCUUUAUGAAGUAAUUCAGAAUGCAUCUGAUCCCAGCUAUGUGGAGGGCUAUCUUAGUGAAGAACAGUUAAAAGCCUUGAAUACUCACAGACAGAUCUUGAAUGAUAAGAAGCAAUCUGAGAUACAAGCAGAAUUCAAGAAGGCUAUAGAGUCUGCUGAACGGGAGGAACGUGGCUGCUCCAAAAGAGAUGUGUCUACUGUAUGGAAAUUACGUGUUAUAGAUUAUAGAAAACGAGAAACAGAUAAAGCAAUUAUAUUGAGUAUAUGGCGUCCAUUAUCAGAUAUAUGUUCCUUAUUAAAAGAAGGUGGUCGGUACAGAAUAUACCAGCUAACAGCUUCACGAUCCAAAGGCAAACCAGACGCUGUUAAUUGUACAUUAACAGCUACAAAGAAAACUCAAUACCUGCAACUACAGGCUUCUCAGGAAGUACUGUUAGAGAUCUAUAUUCCAAGGAAAGCUCUGCAGUUCAGCAUGCUGUUGGAUCCAUCUUUUCGGCCAUCCUGUGCUGAAGUGGAUUUAGUGGGAUUUAUCAUUUCUGUUAGCAAGAAAACAGGUUUCACUACUCUGGUAUAUUUGUCAGAUGAAGAUCAUAAUCUAGUGGCUAUCAAGUUCUGGACAGACCUUAAGCAACUUGCUAUUGAAGACAUAAUUAAUCCCUUUACAUUGAUUUCUGCAAGCAAUCUUCAAUGGCGAUCUGAAUUCAAAUCAGAUAUUCCUACAUUAUUUGCUGGAGACCUUUCUAUAUUCUCAGCAAGUCCAAAGGAUAGCUAUCUUCAAGAGAGACUUAAUAAACUGAAGAACACAACAGAGAAUUUAAGUUGCUUUUGCAGUGAUGCAGAGCACAAACUGAUGAAGUUUCUUCAAAAAAAUUCCCCACAACAAUAUAACUUGCCUAAAGAGUGUGGCUUAGAUCCCCUUUCUCCCUCCUGGAAGUCAGGACUUGAUACGGGGAAUAAACCUCUGAUUUCUUCUCCUAGUAGCGAAAUAAAGUGUCAGAGCUCUUUGUCAACCAGCAAGCAUGACCUGAAACUUGUUCUACGAAGCUCAGCAAAAAUGACCCCACACAUUUCUUACAGUAAAGAAUCCCCCAAGAACUGCAAAAAAAGAAGGAAAGCUCUGGACCUGCUUAGUCAAAUACCCUCCCCUCCUCCAGUAACACCAAUCAAUUCAUUUGUUUCUCCAUCUUUGAAGAAGGCUUUUCAGCCGCCACGAAGCUCUGGUGUUCAGUAUGACGCAUCACUGAAGAGAACAAAUCAUAACUCUGAUCAUAUCAACUCUUUUAAAGGGGUAAAUGAAACUGACAGUCUUCCUAAUAAUGACUUAGUUGCUGAUGAAGAACUUGCAAUGAUAAACACACAAGUGCUUUUGUAUAAUUUCCAAGAAGGAAAGAAGACUGAUUGUGUGGGUGAAUCCACUAAUCCAUCAGAUCACCUUUUACUUAAAAAUAAUUGUCUUAUGUCUCUUAUGGAAACAAAAACUUCACAAAACAGUACUGAUGGAGCUGCGGCACUGGAGAAAGACACAAGGGAAACUGAAGGCUCAUUACCAGUCCAAAAGAAGCUACAAAGGCAAAGAAAACGAAAAUGCUACUAAAUGUAUUAUGUACAGUAAUGUAUAGACUUUAUAUUUAAAUGAUUAUUUUUACUCUUUUCACAUUGUAAAUGUUUUACAGUAUCUAAUUAUAUUUAAUAAUAAACAUCUAUAUUGCAAAAAAAAGUUUAAUGAA